CACAAAUUAUUAGGACCAAUGUGGAAAAACUCGUAACUAGUAGGACCAAAGUUGAAAUAUGUUAUAAGUUACAGAAGACUUUCCGUUUUGGCAGGCGCAGUAAAAACUCAAAAUCCACAGAAAACGGGUUGGUUGCUCGGAGACGAAUUGGCAGCGCCGGCGAAUCGAAAUUCCGAAACUGAAACAAUUGAUAAAUAGUUACCACCGUCGAUUCCGAUGAGUUCUACUGAAUUUUCGAUGGUCGAAGAGCUGGCGUUUCUUGUUAAAGAUAAUCUUCAUUGCAAGUAUCUUAUUUUGUCCGUGGAAGACGCACUCGUUAAUUUUCUUCAGGAUGAUACGAGUUCAGAUGGAAUGCUUGAGCUGGAACCCAUGAAUUCUUAUAGUCGCCUGCUCGUUCAUCGUCUUGCUGACAUUUUCGGAUUUUCUCAUCAAUCUGUCGGUGAAGGAGAAGACAGGCACUUAAUUUUGGAGCGCUGCCCAGAGGCAUCAAUGCCGUCUAUCCUUGUCAGCGAUUUCUUGUUGCAAUCUGGUGAAAUUCAAUUACCAAGGACUUACGAUGUAUUGAGACGGAAGGAAGUUAUGCCAGGCCAGACGGAUAAAAACACUGUGAGCGAAUCAUCAUUCGAGGAAAGAGAAAAGAAUUAUUUCGCCGCCCGGGAAAGGAUAUUCUCAUCAGAUUCCAGCGAGACAAAACUGGUGAAGGAGAGGCCGAAAAAAGAUCCCGUGGUUGCUCGUCGCAUGAUAACACGUGCACUUGGCCAAACGAAUAAAGUGAUGAAAAACGAGAUCGGAUUAAGUGAACCUGAAAUGGAAAUUUCUACGAGCGGAAGGCACAAGAAAACAACCGACUUGACAUCAAUCAAGGGACGUUCUGUAGCAGAGCAAAAGGAUAUCGACAGUCAAGAAAACCAUUUGAGAAAAGAGCAUAUGGGUGCUGCAAAGAGAUUGUUUGCUAAUGCAUUGAGAAUGGAUCGUAGAAAUAUGAACGAAACGAAGAAAACUGGUUGCUGAAUUUAGGUAAAUUUAACCUUUUUUUUCGCAUAAUGGUAAAAUAGACAAUCUACUCGGAUCGUAUUUCUGACUCUAUUCGUUUUGUUGUGUCUAAUAUUUUCUAAGUUCUUGAUUGUACAUGUAUCUUAAUGCUUUCUCAGAACAUGCAUUGGUACUUCUAUAUUUUGUUUAUGUAUUGAAGUGCACUUGCAUAUAUUUUGACAUAUUUUGCGAGAGUUUAAUUUUUAUCAGUUCUUU